AUGCUCCGCGAGCGCCGCAAUCAGCUGGCGCCUAUCUUCCGGCUUCCCCUGGAUGUCAUCAGCGAGAUUUUCUGCCUCAUCUCCAUUCCGAGUUCCGCACGACGUUCCGCUGGUUUCUUGUUUCACGGCCACAGAUUUAUGUCGGUUUGCCGAUACUGGCGGCACAUUGGGAUUGAAAUUGCCAAGGUCUGGUCUGUGAUCCCGAAUCUCAGGUCGAAGCAGAUGAUUGGUACCUUUAUCUCAAGGUCGAAGAACACGCUCUUGGACGUGGAGAUCGACGUGCAACGCAACGGUGAUCCUAAAAAACUUCUCUCGAACCUGCACCGUAUCGGUGCGCUCGACCUGUACGGCGAUAAGGGGUACACUAUCCUUGAAGAGCUCAGGCGUCCUGCCCCGGUUAUGGCAUCGUGUCACAUUCACCUCAGUGAAACCUGUUUACCGGCGGACUUUUUGGGCCUGCAUGCUCCCCACCUUCGUCAUUUACGGAUAAAACGAACUCUUUUCCACUGGAAGAUGCUGUGUUGUACUUCUCUUGUCCAAAGCUUGACCAUCCUCGAAUUAUGGCGCAUCCCUGGAAGUACGUUGCCUAGCGGAGCACGGGUAGCUUCUGCUUUGCGAGCUAUGCCCUCGCUGCAGAAACUCGUGCUGGUGGUGUCCGAUUGCGCUCAGAAAAAGCCGGGGAAGUUUCGCGGCGACAUAAUAAUGCUCAGCCACCUCACUACCUUGGACUUGCGUGGCUCAGGAUCGUGGAUCUGCCGAAUCCUUCGUCGCAUUAGGGUCCCCUCUACCGCAUGCAUCUCGCUGAAGCCAUACAAUAUGAAACUAGCACCGGUAUUGGAGUUCCUUGAAGGUCAUUGCACGCGUCACGGCGAUGAGUCCUCCAUCCGCCGUCUAUCCCUGGACGGACCAUGGUCGUUGACCGCGCACUCCAGCACCAAAACCUCAUCCCUUCCCUUGCUACGCAUCAGUGACCCUGCAGCUGGACAACGCACCCUUCGCUACCUCGUGCGUCAAUUGCGACUCGACGAGCUUGAAGUCGUUGUUUUGCAGCGGUAUUGGGCCAGCACAACGCAUGAUAUCGCCCCCGCAUCUUUUCUAGCCCCAUGCAAAUCUGCAACCCGACUCCACAUUGCCGCCAGAGUAUGCCGUCAAUUGUUACCUGACCUCUAUCGAAGAAAACAACCAACCAACGAGCACGUCAGUCGUUAUGAUCUUCUUCCGGCGCUACAGUUUGUACGCAUCAAGAAGUCUUCCUCCUUCUGGCAGGGAACUGCGGAUAGCAUGCGCCGCCUUAUGGAGGCACGGCACGCUGACUCCAACAUCAACGGGACGUCUGAACCUGCAGAUGCAAACGAGCGCAUCGACGUCGCGCUCUGUGUGGAAGAAAACUAUGAUUCAAACUUGGAUGACUCAGAUCUUGAGUCGAUUAACUCGUACGUGCCGAAGUCGGAGCUGGACUCGGACUACGACUCGGACUCGGAGGACGACUCGGAUGCGUCAAGUGAAUUGUAUUACUACUACCCUUGA